CUUAAACAUCAGUAUCAUAUGACACAGAUGGUGACUGGACUGGAUCGUGCACUUAAACAGUGAUAGCAACAGUAUAUGUUUGUCAUUAUACUCACUGGGUACUGUAAUGAUGGGUGGGGCACCUUUGGGGUCAAGGUCAAACACCCUUAUCAUCAGCGUUGUUACAGUGUGGGACAACUUCCGGUUUCCGGUAGUCGGUCAUAUGACGAACACGUGAUGACUUUUAAAUCAUGUUUUCGCGAAGAACAGUCUCAUGGCUGGUUUUCAAAAAUCAAUUCCUAUAAUUUUCAUCUACUUAUUGUCUCUCAGGCCCAGUGGAAUCAGUUUCGGGAGGGACAAAACAUGUCGGACCGGAAGUUCAUAGACGAGGUUGUCAAGGCUCACAACGAGUACCGAUCUCGCCACCAGGCGUCGCCACUAUCGCACAGCAAAGACCUGUCAUCGACGGCUCAGAAGUGGGCGGACCAUCUUGCCUUAACUAACACAUUCCAACACAGCAACGACUCUCUGAAGGGAGAAAAACUGGGGGAGAAUAUCGCCAUGAAGUGGUCAUCUCGACCUGAUGCAUACACAGGUCAAGAGGUCACUGACCAGUGGUAUAGCGAGGUGAAGAUGCAUACAUUCGGCGGAGAACCACGAAGCUUGAGCUCAGGUCACUUCACCCAGGUGGUAUGGAAGGGCAGCAAGGAGGUGGGGGUGGGGAAGGCCCAGACCCGGGACGGAAAGAUCAUCGUGGUAGCCAACUAUCGCCCCGCCGGCAACAUGAUGGGGGACUUUGCCAGGAACGUCCUCCCACCAAAAGACGGCAAAAUUGUAAUCAAGGAAAAAGCCCCCGACACAAAGCCAGCCGGUUUCAGCGAUGGCGGAAGGCAUGUGGUGACGUCACGCGACAGCGGAGGUCCUUUCAAAACUCGAUUUGAAGACAUGCGCAAAGACUUCUUCAAAGACAGCUCUUUUUCUAGUCACCCCUCUCAGGGCAGUGGGGGCUUCCACAAGUCGGAGUCAAGAAGUGUCCGGACGUUUACCGUCACGGAAGGUGUCGGGCCCAAUAAGGUCACGAAGAAAAUAACAGAGGAGACGAUCAUCAAACCAGACGGAGAGAAGAUAGUCAACCGGAAAGAGGAAGUGACGUCAGGCGGAAGUACUAGUAGUUAUGGCGGCUCAAGUGGUGCUAUGGCCGGAGACCCUUCAGGGAUUUUGAUUGUUAUCACGAGCAAACUUCGCAUCGGGAGAUCUCCGUUUAAAGGUUCUAGUCCGCAAGGGAAGAAGAAGGGUCGAUCAAAGAGUAGCAGCUCUAGCGAUUCCUCGCAAGAACGCAAGCCCAAAAAGCCCGAAAAAAUGAGCGACUUCAUCGACGGAGCGGUGAAGGUCCACAACAAGCUGCGAGACAAACAUGGCGCCUCCAAACUGAAGCACAGCAAGGAGCUGAGUGGGCAUGCGCAGAAGUGGGCGGAGCACCUGGCAUCUACCGGUACCUUCCAACACAGUCAGUGCAUAUUCAACGGGGAGAGGAUUGGAGAAAACAUCGCCUGUAAAUGGUCAACCGGCGGUGGAGAUUUUUCUAGUCAAGAGGUGACUGACCAGUGGUACAGUGAAAUCAGCAAGCACGACUACAGGUCGGAGCGCUCUAUGGCAACAGGUCAUUUUACUCAGGUGGUCUGGAAAGGGAGCAAAGAGAUUGGUGUUGGUAAGGCCAAAGGUCAAGGUGGAAAGGUCAUCGUUGUUGCCGUCUACAGACCACCCGGAAACGUCAUCGGGCAGUACAGAGACAACGUCCUUCCGCCAAAGAAGUAAUCCCCGCACAAACAACCCACGACCUCAUGAAAUACAUUCCAGGCGCUCAAUGUUCAUUUGUAACGUGGAACGUCCAAACUUCCAGAGUACUUCCACACUAGCCUUUGUACCCUGUCCCUUCCUGGUGUGUUAUGGGGGCCCUUGUACAAAGCAGCCUUAGCACUAAGGUGCGCUACUCCCAUACCUUAACAUUGACCUAAGGUAGUCUUAGCGCUAAGGUGCGCUACUCCCAUACCUUAACAUUGACCUAAG